UUGGAACACAGCCACUCCCUCAUUUAGAUAAUACGUAUGGCUGCCUGGAGACAGACCAUGUGACCUAUAAAGCCUCAAAUAUUUACUAGAAAAGUUUGCCCAUCCCUGUUUCAGAAAAAUGUCCCAAAGUAUUUACCUACUUUACCUAUUUGCUUCAAAAUAAUCGGGUGGCAGGAGGGGAAUGUCAAGAGGACAAGGGUGAAGAACACACUUGGAUCCGUCCUAGUGUUUUAUAUGUUGAGAAGUUGCAUAAUGCUCUCGAGAAAGGAGGGCUUGCCUGCUACAGCCCCUCCACUGUUGUGACCCCUUCUCAGGACCUGGCAUCUCUGGCCUAACAGGGCAGCAGGACAAAGCCACCAUCAUUUGCCCAGUUCUGUUCACACCCAAUGAUGACUUCUGUCCCUGGCUAACCAGAAAGGCCAUGGGCACUGAGCGAGCAUCCCAAAGCCAGCCAUGCACCCUGCGUCUCCUUGCCCUUGCCCCCAUCCUCCUUAGCCUGACUGCCUCCCUGAACUGGAAGGUGGCCUCCAGCCAGGAUCCCUUCGAGAAGUGCCUGCAUGAUCCUGACUAUGAGCAGCUGCUCAAGGUGGUGACCUUGGGCCUCAAUAGGACCUUGAAACCCCAGAAGGUGAUUGUGGUUGGCGCUGGUGUGUCUGGGCUGGUGGCUGCCAAAGUGCUCAGCGAUGCAGGACACAAGGUCACCAUCCUGGAGGCGGAUAACAGGAUCGGGGGCCGCAUAUUAACCUUCCGGGACCCAAAGACGGGCUGGACUGGGGAGCUAGGAGCCAUGCGUAUGCCCAGCUCCCACAGGAUCCUCCACGAGCUCUGUAAGAGCCUGGGCCUCAACCUGACCAAGUUUACCCAGUAUGACGAGAACACAUGGACAGAAGUGAACGAGGUGAAGCUGAGGAACUACGUGGUGGAGAAGAUGCCCGAGAAGCUGGGCUAUGACCUGGGUCCUGGGGAGAAGGGCCACGCACCUGAGGAGAUCUUCAAGAUGGCUCUCAGCAAAGCUGUCAAGGAUCUCAGGAGCCUGGGUUGCAAAAAGGCGAUGCAGAAGUUUGAAAAGCACACACUCCUGGAUUAUCUCCUUGGGGAGGGCAACCUGAGCCAGCAGGCCGCGCAGCUUCUGGGAGACGUGUUGUCCAAGGACGGCUUCUUCCAUCUCAGCUUCGCCGAGGCCUUGAGGGCCCACAGCUGCCUCAGCGACCGGCUCCGGUACGACCGCAUCGCGGGCGGCUGGGACUUGCUGCCGCGCGCGCUGCUGAGCUCCCUGUCCGGGCCGGUGCUACUGAACGCCCCUGUCAUGGCGAUCACUCAGGGCAUGCACGAUGUGCAUGUGCACAUCGCGACCUCGCGCCAGUUGCGGAGUCUGACCGCCGACGUGGCGCUGCUCACGGCCAGCGGGCCGGCGCUGCAGCGCAUCUCCUUCUCGCCGCCGCUGACGCGCAAGCGGCAGGAGGCGCUGCGCGGCCUGCACUACGUGGCGGCCACCAAGGUGUACCUGAGCUUCCGCCGGCCCUUCUGGCACAACGAGCACAUCGAAGGCGGCCACUCGAAUACCGACCGCUCGUCGCGCCUGAUAUUCUACCCGCCACCGGGCGAGGGCGCGCUGCUGCUGGCCUCGUACACGUGGGCGGACGCCGCGUCCCCGUUCUCCGGCCUGAGCCCCAACGAGGCGCUGCGCUUGGCCCUCAAGGACCUGGCGGCCCUGCAUGGGCCGCUGGUGUACCGGCUCUGGGACGGCACCGGCGUCGUCAAGCGCUGGGCCGAAGACCCGCACAGCCAGGGCGGCUUCGUGGUGCAGCCGCCCUUCCUCUGGCAGACGGACCAGAACGAGGGGCAGGCGUACGACUGGGCCGUGCCCUACGGCCGCAUCUAUUUCGCCGGCGAGCACACGGCCUUCCCGCACGGCUGGGUGGAGACGGCUGUCAAGUCGGCGCUGCGGGCAGCCAUGAGGAUCAACAACCGGGAGUGGCACGGGCACACGGUGGCCCUGCAGGAGGGGCAGGGGCUCGUGCAGGCUUUGGCCAACAGGGAAGGGGAGGGGCUCGUACGAGCCGAAGCCAGUCACCUGGGGCAGGGGACUGCGCGCCCGGAGGCCAGCCGCUCCUUGUGUAAAGGGCCUAAGGAGGAAGAGCUCCAGUCUUCACCCCAAAACCUAGCUCUCCCACUCACCACCCACAAGAAGCGCCCACAUUAAAGUAUUUUCUGAGCAAGCCAUCUGGUCCCGUCCCUCCCUGGCUCGCCCGCUUCCCGUUUGCCUGGAGUCCCGCAGCCCCGGCAGAGGCUGGUCCUGCUGCUUCCCGGACAGGGCGCC